GUGUGUGUGUGUGUGUGUGUGGCUUGUGUAAUCGUAGCGAUUUCUGACCAGGGAUUGAACAGGGCCCUUGGCAAUGAAAGGGAGGAGUCCUAACCACUGGGCCACCAGGGAAUUCCCAGGUGGACUUAGUCUUAUACACUGAGAAAGCUUUUCCUUAUUGGCCAAGACAUGUGAUAAUGGAUGGUUGGACUAUGCUUACUGCUAGCUAUAGAAUUUACAGGAAAAAAAAAAAAAAAGAAUUUACAGGAGACAUUUUACUGCCUCCAUUUAACAGAUGGGGAAACAGAGACUUGAGAGGUUUGAACAACUUACCCAAGGUCACACAGCAAGAUGCAGAGCUUGGUUUUCCCAUAGAUCUGAUUCUGUUCCCAAACUCUUUUUAACUGUAUUAUGCUGUUUCCUUGAUAAUAUACAUUUUCUUGGUGCAUUAGCAGUUACCAAGAAAGACUUCUGAAUUAAUGUCUAUGUAUGAAAUCCCCCAUUUCCAUAAGAUGCAUACAGAUAAUAUAAGGCGAUCCCUGUAGCCUUGGAGUUCAUUUUACUUUGUUCCACGUUCUUCUCAUCAAUGUCCUUUUUGCCAGAGCAGAGCUGUGCUAACGCUCUUUUCUCUUCUGAGCUCUUUCUAAUAAAUAACUAUCAUUAAUUCCACUUGAUGAUGAAAUUCACCCAAUUGUGUACUAACUAAGCAGUUUGUUGGCUGGCCAUGGUUGGUCAGCUCUUCUAGUACUCUGCAUGAUUACUGGUUAUUAGGAUGGGCAGUGAAUUAUAGAUAACCUUUCUAUUUCUACACCUGUGUCUCUGGAGAUGCCAUUUAUAGCUUAAAGUAGACUCUGGCUCUACCACUGAUCACCUUUGGGAAGUCACUCUUUUUGGUCCCUCACAUCCCCCAUCAUAGCAACUUCCAGAGAGCUUCAUCCACAGAUAAAAUAAAAGGUUUGGAUGCCCUCUCUAGGAUAAAGAAACUAGAGAAAACUAGGAUUUCUGGUGUUGAUGGGUUUCUGAAGAAAUUCAUAAAGCAAAAUUUAUGUAAAGAAAUCUUUUUUCUUUUUAAAAAUUUAUAUUCUGUUGAGUUCUGUUUUACUUUCAGAAGAAUGUUCUCACAUUCAAAUAAUUAAGAAUCUUUAAUACAUUUUAGGGGCUUCCUGUCUUUGAAUUUAACCCUCUUUUGGACUGAUGGUCGGGGACUCCAUUUGAUCUCAAUAUUCCGAGACCAUGCACGUAUAAAAAUUAUAAUUCUUCACUCUGUCCAUUCCCAUUUUUAUUGGGCACUGUUACUAACUGAAACAUGUGACACACAUGAUCCCUGAAGCAACCUCCCUAGAGUCUGGAGGGUCCAGGCACGUGGAAGGUGACCUUAGCCAGAGGAGGCACAUGGAGAUGCUCCUGGUGAGGUUGUCUACCUGACGUUGGCAGUGCAGUCGUUAUCCCUGAACAUACUACAGUAUCCUAGCUCCACUAGAGCAUGUUUUUUUUUUUUAACCAGAUCUAUCUAAAUUGCCCUGCUUUUAAAGAUUUAAGUGCAACUCGUAGCACUUAAAUCUUUAAAAGCAGAGCCGUUGGGCUUCCCUAGUGGCUCAGACAGUUAAGAAUCUGCCUGCAGUGCAGCAGACCUGAGUUCGAUCCCUGGGUCAGGAAGAUGACCCUGGAGUAAGGGAAUGGCUACCCAUUCCAGCAUUCUUGCCUGGAGAAUUCCGUGGACAGAGGAGCCUGGCAGGCUACAGUCCGUGGAGUUACCAAGAGUUGGACAUGACUGAGCAACUAACACUACUCCUACUACUAAACUUGCAAAAGAAACAAUUUUUGUGAAAGCAGUAGUUUGAUGGGUUUGUUUUCUUUCUUUUUCUGACAUAGCAUUAAAAUGAGUCCCAAACCACUAAAAUGAAAUGUGUUUUUAUCCAUGUGCUCCCCUGCCCCUAAGUUAUCUUGCCUACUACCUGAGAAAGCAUACCACAUUUUAGGAAAUACAGCGUUAACUCAGUUCUUACUGAUUAAGUACUGAUGCCUGGGCUAAUUUAUAACAGCAACAACGGCAACAAAAUUCUAGAUGUUACCUCACUACAAAACCUCUUUGUAUUGUUGAUACCUAGACCUCAUUCUUUGGGACCAGGGGGUGCGGGGGGCUGGAAUGCAGAAGGAUGGCCAGCUCUGAAGCUCCUGUGACUCCCUUAUAUGAAAUUCCAUCUUCUAGCUCAAAGCGCUCCUUCACCAUUAUUACCCGAUUGAGAUUGACCCACACCGGACUAUCAAAGAGAAGUUACCCCACAUGGUAGAAUGGUGGACCAAAGCACACGACCUCCUGUGUCAGCAGAAGAUUCAGAAGUUUCAGAUAGCCCAGGUGGUAAGAGAGUCCAACGCAAUGCUCAGGGAUGGAUACAAGACAUUCUUCAACACCCUCUCGCAGAACAACAUUCCCCUUUUCAUCUUUUCUGCGGGCAUUGGGGAUGUCCUGGAAGAAAUUAUCCGGCAGAGGAAAGUGUUCCACCCCAACAUCCACAUCGUGUCUAACUACAUGGAGUUUGAUGAAGAUGGCUUCCUAAAGGGAUUCAAGGGCCAGCUCAUCCACACCUACAACAAGAACAGCUCUGUGUGUGAGAACUCCGAUUACUUCCAGCAGCUUCAGGGCAAAACCAACAUCCUCCUGCUGGGAGACUCCAUGGGGGACCUCACUAUGGCUGAUGGGGUUCCUGGCGUGGAGAACAUUCUCAAAGUUGGCUUCCUAAAUGACAAGGGGUUAAUUGUGGCAAACUGCACCCGCAACCAUGUGUGUCUCCAAAGGACAGGGCCCGGUAAACCUGAACUCCUUUCGGGGAGUCGCAGCUUGAAGGUGCUCCUCCCCAGCCCCUGGUGCAUAACAGCGGGCAGGGUGCUGGGGGACUCUCGCUGUCUGCUCCCCGGGCAGGUGGAGGAGCGGCGGGAGCGCUACAUGGACUCAUAUGACAUCGUGCUGGAGAGGGACGAGACGCUGGACGUGGUCAAUGGGCUGCUGCAGCACAUCCUGCAACAGGGUGACUGGACAGAGAUGCAGGGCUCCUGAGCGCAGGCGGGGCCUGCAGGCUGCAGUGGGGAGGGGCCUCCCUGGAAGGCCGCUCUGCUCUGAGCUCUGCUCCUCCUGUGCGUGCAGAGUCCUCCAGAGAACAUUCUGGGCUGCCAGUGGCCGGGAGCCGCUGGCUCACACCCCUCCCUCCUCCUCUCCCCGGCUCCUUGGUUUUGUGUUCUCCAGCGGCUCGAGGGAUCCCUGCCAGGAGGGAGGACAGCGAAAGCUAUUCCAGGCGAACUGCGGACCUACGCAGUGUUAGCACUUUAGGAAUCAGCUGGUCCAGGGAAUCUUUUUUUCCCAGAAUUUUUUAAACAUGUGAAGCUGUUCUUCAAACAAGUCUAAGUCUAAUAUGCGAAACAGAUCAAAAAUAAAAAAAGAAAAAACA